GCAGUCCGUUAUAUCCAGGAAAACAUGACUGUUAACACGGAUGAACUGGGCAGAGAAUGUCUGAUCAAUGCUGCUAAAACUUCUUUGUCUUCAAAGAUAAUAGGAGUUGAUGCAGACUUUUUUGCCAACAUGGUGGUGGAAGCUACUCAGGCAGUGAAAUUUACUGAUGCUAAGGGUCAGGCUCGCUACCCCAUCAAAUCUGUUAAUGUUCUGAAGGCUCAUGGUCGUAGCCAGAGAGAAAGUGUUUUGGUGAAUGGAUAUGCACUGAAUUGUACUGUUGGUUCACAAGGAAUGGUCAGAAGAGUGAUUAAUGCUAAAAUUGCAUGUCUGGACUUCAGCCUGCAAAAGACGAAAAUGAAGCUGGGUGUUCAGAUUGUUAUCAAUGACCCAGAAAAAUUGGACCAGAUCAGACAGAGAGAGUCUGAUAUCACCAAAGAGAGAAUUCAGAAGAUUCUGGCCACAGGUGCCAAUGUCAUUCUGACUACUGGUGGCAUUGAUGAUAUGUGUCUAAAAUAUUUUGUGGAUGCUGGUGCCAUGGCAGUACGCCGUUGUCUGAAGAAAGACCUCAGACGAAUUGCUAAGGCCAGUGGAGCAACUAUCUGUUCAACACUUGCAAACUUGGAAGGAGAUGAGAGUUUUGAUCCCUCUUUAGUGGGCCAAGCUGAGGAGGUGGUUCAAGAAAGGAUAUGCGAUGAUGAACUGAUACUUGUUAAAAAUACAAAGGCCCGUACUUCUGCAUCAAUCAUUCUGCGAGGAGCAAAUGAUUUCAUGUGUGAUGAGAUGGAGCGCUCCCUACAUGAUGCACUCUGUGUUGUGAAGAGAGUGCUUGAGUCCAAGUCUUUAGUUCCAGGAGGUGGGGCUGUGGAAGCUGCACUCUCCAUCUACCUGGAAAACUAUGCAACUAGUUUGGGAUCACGUGAACAACUUGCCAUUGCAGAAUUUGCCCGGGCCAUGUUGAUUAUUCCUAGGACUCUGGCAGUGAAUGCUGCUCAGGAUUCUACAGACCUUGUUGCAAAGUUGCGUGCAUUCCACAACGAAGCUCAGGUCAAUCCUGAUCGCAAAACUUUGAAAUGGAUUGGUCUUGAUUUAUUGAAUGGGAAGCCAAGGGACAACAAACAAGCUGGUGUCUUUGAGCCUACUAUGGUUAAAGUCAAGAGUCUGAAGUUUGCAACAGAAGCUGCUAUAACCAUCCUGCGAAUUGAUGAUCUCAUCAAACUUUACCCAGAUGAAAAGCAAGACAAAGGAAAGAGUUACCAAGAUGCAGUUCAAAGUGGAGAGCUUAAUGGCUGAAGCACCUGAGUUCUAAAAUCAGCUAUUAUAAUUUAUGUUUAACUCUUGGCAUCCAUCAGGUGCUUCUUGUACUUCUGUUCUAGAUUGAGCAGCUUGUCAUACUUGUCUGAAAUUCAGUGCCACUUGUUUAGUGCUCUGUUUAAUUUACUAUGCUUGUUUAGUGCUAUUUGGCACAAACCGGAUUUAAAAGACCUCUUACUUUGUUACCUAUAGUCAACUCUUUCAAGUUAUUUGUGCAAAAUUAUUUCCUGUACAUUGACAGUUGUGCUUCAAGCUCCUUCGGAAAUAAAAUGUGACAGUUGUCAAGUGAUCAGCCCAUCUAUGUAGGGAGCUGUUAAGAGACCACCUUAAUUUCAUGAAUAAACGUUGAUGUUGUG